GGACGUAUCGGGACGCAGGAUCCCGUGCGAAGACGAAGGACGAUAAACCUGGGCAAGGGCCCGUCAUCCGUGUUAUCGGUGACCGUACGACAAUUUCCGCGGCGGCCGAGCGAAAUUUCCGCGCGAGUAGUUGCAUUAGAGACAUUUAGCCGCGAUUUGGAGCGCGUCGCGGCCAGGCCGGUGCGCGCGUUCCGAUCUCUACAUCUAACAGUGCCGAUCGCGACGCAUGUUUACCCAAGUGUCAAUCCGCCCGUAUUAUCCGCGCGCGCGUGUGUGUGUGUGUGUGUGUGCGUGUGUGCGUGCGUGUGUGCGUGUCUGAUACAUAUUGUCGUCUGCCCGUCGUGUCCGUUGAACCGUCCGAGGUCGAGGAAAACGGUGGCACGAAGCUAACAUAGUGCGGCGUUAUCGACGAGUGAACCAAUCGUCGUUCGCCUCGGUGUUGGCUCGCGAUUUUCGCCGCGCUCUUAAAACGAGAGAAAGAGGGAGAGAGAGAGAGAGAAAGAGAGAGCGGGCGAGCGAGUGUGAGCGACAGGAAUCCGCGCGAGCUGUGUGUGAAGCUCGGGAAACGGAUGCGAAAGGGGAGAGAGAGAGAGAGAGAGAGAGAGAGAGAGAGAGAGAGAGAGAGAGAGAGAGAGAGAGAGGAGAGAUCGGGGCCUCGAGGACAAACGGCAGUAUUUUCACGCGGCGGCGAACUCCUGGCCCACGACAGCAUGAUGUUUGAGUGCGCGCAAAGUGGUGUCCCGCUGUUCCCGGAGGACGAUGCAUCGCGAUGUGGAUCCCGCGAUCGACGAAGAAGAUAGGAUACUUUUCCAGCUUAGAAAAAACUGUGCAAUAGAUGGAAAUGAUACACAGCCAUAACUGUAAACUAUUGCAAUAAAUAUACUGAAAUACUCAGGAGGUACAAGAAUAUUUACAAUAGAAAACCUAAUUUGCUGAAGACCUUGGAUUUUUGUCAGAACAAGGAAACUAAGUUACUGCCUAUCAACAAUAGUAUACCCACGCUUGUCACCUGUUCAGUGAAUGUUGUGAUAAUAAUUUAAUGGCUGUCAGAAAGGUUCCAAGUAGACAGUUUAUAUGAAAAACUUGAUAUUCGAAUGAAACAAGCUACUCUACAAUUAAUAAAAAUACUCUAACUCUUAAUGAACAAAUCAGGAACAAGGACUUAUAAAAUUGACUGAAUCUAUAAAUUUAAAGAAAAAAAGAAUAAAAUAAUUCUCUAAUAACUCUAUAUAUUUUAUUACUUUAAUAAUUAUUAACUGUAACACGAUUAAAAUACUCUAUUCUAUUCUAUGAGUCAUGUUAUUCUUUAAUGGACUUAAAAAAGACUUGAGAAUAAUUUGGAAGGGCUUUACAAUUUCUUAUUAAUAUGUUUUAUGACCAGAAGAGAUAUCUGCAAAUAUUUUUAGUUUGUCAGAUUUAUUUUUAAAAUUUUAUAAAUGAUUUAUAUGUGUGUGUGUAAUUAAAACAUUGAUUAACUUUUGAAAUCUAUCAUGUCAAUUGACAAGUGUAUUUGACAAGAGUAAACUAAAUCGAAAUUACAGCAAAAGUAUAAUAUAAUUAACGCGUGUAAAUAAUCCCUGACAUUAUAUCUUAUUAUCUUAUAUCUUAUUAAAUUUGUGAAAAAAAAAAACAAAAUGUAUAAUAAUUAUUCUAAACAUUUAAAUCAGUGGUUGUAUAUAACAAAUAAACAAGAAGAUGAAGAAACGAUAUAUUUGAGAUAUUGUAUGGAUGAUAGAGGACAUACUUGUUAACCCUCUUUGAUAUAAGGGUUAAAAGAUGGACAAUAGUGGAUCUGGAGUAGUGCAAGUAUUUGUGGGUGAAUGGAGCCCUGAAUAUGAAGCAUUAUCCAUUAAAGCCACAAAACAGACUUUAUCAGCUGAGAUAGUGGAAUGUAUUAUUGAAAGGCUUGGACUUGUUUCCGAUGCUUCUAUUUCGAAUAGUUAUGAAUUAGCAGAAGUGGUAGGAAAUUCUGUUGGGCAGGAAUGUAAGGAAAGAAGACUUGGUCCCACUGAGUGUCCUGUGGCACUCAUGUUAUUAUGGCCAAAAAAUGAUUCUCAGCAAGAAUAUUAUAGAUUUUACUUACGAAAAAAGCAACCAGACUAUUUAUGGUCUGACAGUAGAUUUCCUAUGGAUCCUCAACUUCUAAAGGACUAUUUCAAUAGAUUCCUUUAUCAACCACGCGACAAGGAAUAUCCAGAUCUGUGUCAGCUUCCAGAUCUGAAUGAACAAACGCUGUUGGAUAAUCUGAGGGCUAGGUUUUUGGCUGGCAAUAUAUAUACCUAUGUUGGCAGCAUACUGAUUGCCUUGAAUCCAUUCAAAUUUUAUCCUAUCUAUAAUCCGAAAUAUGUAAAAUUAUAUCAAAACAGAAGAUUGGGUCCAGAUAUACCUCCACAUAUAUUUGCCAUAGCCGAUGCAGCUUAUCAUUGUAUGCUUAAGGAAAAGAAGAAUCAAUGUAUUGUUAUUAGUGGAGAAAGCGGUUCUGGUAAAACAGAAUCGACGAAUUUUCUUUUGCACCAUUUGACAGCACUUAGUCAAAAGGGUUCACAUGGCAGUGGAGUGGAACAAACAAUACUGAGCGCUGGGCCUGUUUUGGAAGCAUUUGGUAAUGCAAAAACGGCACAUAAUAACAAUAGCAGUCGCUUUGGCAAGUUUAUCCAAGUAAAUUACAAGGAAAAUGGAAUGGUCCAUGGUGCUGUGGUUCAGAAAUACCUCCUGGAAAAAUCUAGGAUUGUCUCUCAAGGCCGAAACGAAAGGAAUUAUCAUGUGUUUUAUUAUCUGUUGGCUGGCGCGAACGAACAAGAGAAACAACUGUUACACUUGGAGAGCUGUGAUCGGUAUAAUUACUUAAAUAAAAGCGGCUGCUACGGAUUGGAAAAUAUCGACGAACGGCAUGAGUUUUCGAGAUUGAAACAAUCUAUGGAAAUGGUAGGCUUUACAGCGGAGAAGCAAAGGCGGCUCUUCGCAGUUCUGUCGGCGGUCCUUUUGUUAGGUAAUGUUGAGUUUCAACCAAGGAAAUCGUACCAUCAUCAUGAUGAGGCUGUAGGCGUUAAAAAUCCGGAAGUAGUUGCACUGAUAUCAGAGCUUCUUAGAGUAAAACAAGAAACUCUUUUGGCUGCACUUACCGCUAAACGCGCAAGAGCUUCUGGCGAAACUUUAGUUAUUAAUUACAGACUUCCCGAAGCGAUUGCGGCACGCGAUGCUAUGGCAAAGUGCUUAUAUGGAGCUUUAUUUGAUUGGAUUGUGCUACAGGUGAAUCAUGCAUUGCUUUCUAAAAAGGACACCCUUAGAGAUCAUCAAGGCAAUAGUAUAGGUGUAUUAGAUAUAUUUGGUUUUGAAGAUUUCAAGACGUGCAAUAGUUUUGAACAAUUAUGUAUCAAUUAUGCAAAUGAACAAUUACAACAUUACUUUAAUCAACAUGUUUUCCAAUACGAGCAACGAGAAUAUAGAAAACAAGGGAUUAGAUGGACAGAUAUAGGGUAUAGUGACAACUCUGGAUGUCUCAAUCUCAUUGAAGGAAAACCGAACGGUCUCUUGUGUCUCCUUGAUGAUCAAUGCAAUUUUCCUGGUGCAACAAACGAAACGUUGCUGCAGAAAUUCAACAGUGUGCAUAAAGAUAAUCAGUUCUACGAGGCGCCGCAGCGACGAGAAGCCGCAUUCGUUGUACGCCAUUAUGCUGGUGCAGUCAAGUAUCAAGCUGCCAAUAUGAGAGAAAAGAAUUUAGAUCUGAUGCGACCUGAUGGUGUAGUUGGAGUACUAAAAAAUUCCUCCCUCGCCUUUGUGCGGGAAUUAGUUGGCGCUGAUCCCGUCGCCGUAUUCAGAUGGGCCAUAUUGCGGGCUUUCUUUCGCGCUCACUUUGCAUUUCAAGAAGCCGGUCGAGCGCACAGGCAUGGUAGAGUUGAUGGAAACAAGACAUCUGUACAAAACAGAUACAGGACACCAAAUGAGAAUUUGAUAAGUUCACACAAACAUACUCGUCCAUCAAGUUAUCAGAAGCAACGCAGUGUAUGUUUACCACCGACCACUACUCCUUCUGCUACAUUAUCUUCUAUACAAAUCGAAAACAACGACAAUAUAAACAACAAUCGCCUAUCGUGGCCGCAAUUUAGAAACAUUAAUCAGACGCAAUACCCAUCAAACGUUACAUCGGCCAAAGGUGGUUAUAUAAUACGAGGCAGGGAAGACCAGCCUCUUAGUAAUAAUAAAUUCAGACGAGAUACUCACACACCACUAGAGAGGGUGCUUCCAAAAGACGAAGCAAAUGUCAUGGAACGCGCUAAUCAAAUCGUCAUGAAAAAUAAAUCAUUUCGACCGAGGGAACGCGGCAAAAAAGGUCUGAAAAAUCUGCAAACUGUGAAAACACUCGCUGGUAGAACUCAAAGUUAUGGCACUGGACCUGGAAAAGCCAGAAAGCAGCCCAUGACAGUUUCCGCGCAAUUUCAACAGAGUUUGCACAGUCUGAUGGAUACUUUGAAUCAAGCUAAUCCUUUCUUUAUCAGAUGUAUUAAGAGCAACGCUAAUAAAGUACCGAAUGAAUUUGAUGAAGAAACGGUGCAACGGCAACUGCGAUAUACAGGAAUGCUGGAAACUGUCAGAAUAAGACAAGCUGGUUUCAAUGUGCGAUUAACGUACGAGGAAUUUAUACAGCUCUAUCGGAUGUUGCUUCCCAAGGGUCUCCUAAGCUCGCAAUCAGACGUGAGGGAUUUUCUAUUGACUCUCAAUCUCAACAGAGAUAAUUAUCAGCUGGGUACCACCAAAGUCUUCCUCAGAGAAUCAGAAAAGAUCAAACUGGACAUCGAGCUACAUCAACAGAUUAUAACAAGCAUUACUACUAUACAGAAAUGGUUCCGCGCUUGUCUGGAAAGGAGAAAAUUCCUCAGAUUGAAAAAUGCCAUUGUGCAAAUACAAUCUUUUUGGAGAAUGGUCACUGCACAACGAUUAGCUCAGGUCCUUCGUGCAAGAACCGAAGCUGCAUUACAUAUACAAACUGCCUGGAGGGUAUACAAACAACAUAGCUGGUUUAAAAAGCUGAAAUCGUGUGUAAUUACCUUUCAAGCAUAUGUCAGAGGCAAUAACGCCAGAAAGAAAUUUAAUGAAUUGAAGAAACGAAAAAAAUCAUUAUUGGAUAAAAUUCAGGAAGUCAAGGAAAUUCAAGAAUACAAAGAGUUUCUAUAUGAAAAAAUAUGCGCCAAAGAUCGAAAUAGCGAAGAAUUAUUCACGGAAGAUCGAAGUCUGACGGAAUAUGGCGAAUCGCCUCGAAAAAUAGAAUCUCAGAAUCGGCUCACGCUAGCAAGAUGCGAUAACGCACAUCGGGACAACGCCAUAGAUACAAACGUCUCAUAUUCCAAACGUAAACUCACGCCGAACAAACGGAUUUUGCAUGACGCAACGUUGAGAAAUACAGAAACGUAUCAUUUCGACGAGAUUGCGGAGCGCAAGAGUAGCCUCGAGAGCUUGACAAGUCUGAGGAGUUACGAAUCUCAAGCCAGUGUGAAUAGUACUGAAUCGCAAGACAAUUCCGGUUCGAAACCCGUGCCGAGCACGAGGACGAAACGCGGUGAUCAUUCGCCGAUAGUCACAUCGAAUGUUAAUCUAACGAACGCGUCGAGUCGGUUGUCUUCGGUGAGCAGAAGAACUGAUAGUUCCUCGACGGGAUAUAGUGACGGUGAGACCGAAAGCGAAACACCGAGCGCUGUGCAAAGUGCCCCGCCUGUUUUCAACACAAGUCCGCCAUUUACAAGCUCGCGCGAUACAAAGUAUCACUCCGUUAAUGUAAAUCUGACGCAUCCGAAUCCGAAUCCGGACAUUUGGCAUCGUAGAACAGAUUUCUCGCCCGCGUACAGCGAUUACUUUAUGUCGGUACCGCAAAAAGCGACCGUUACACGUUCUCCGAACGUUUCUCGUUACAAGAAUGUGACCGAUAGCGUUUUCGAACAGGUUCGACAAGAUAAGCCUCACGAAGCGGCAAAUUAUAACGUCAAACUCGAUGCAAGCGAUCGCUUUGUUCAGAUAGAAAGUUUGACGAGCGGUAAACAACAGCGUAGACUUAGCGACAAUAGUGUACCUGACGAACGAAUAGAGAAUAUUCCAAUAUCUCCGACGAAACGAGAUCAAACGCAUGGAUCUGCUAAAAAUAUCAAAGAUCUCGCCUACUUACGGCGACAAAACUCGGAGGGAGAUACUACGACGAAAAUCGUGGGUGUUAACGACGACAGCACUUUAAAGAGCACUUUAUUGAGAAGAUCGCCCCCGAAGGAAAAAAACUCACGAUCGAAGGAGAAAUAUGAACCAGAUGUGCCGGUGAGAAGCGCUAGACGAAACAGACCCACGAGAGAAGUUCAGUGUCGAUCUAUGGGCGAGAGCGUAGUUGAAACAAAUGCGGAAACGCGAAAUCUACUCCUCGGAACGAUCAAGGAGAGCGAUUUAAAUAAAACGACGAACGUAUGGUCUCGCAAAGAUUAUCCGCACGAAACUACUCCUCGAUCCGUCACAGACUGGCCCGUAAACAAGAACGAAGCCACGUAUAAGGGACAACAACCUGGUAAACGCAUGAGAUCCAAUGCGAUUACGACUUUUGAACUACGAAGAAGAAAUUCGGAUCCAGCUACGAAGAUUUCGGGUCUAAGCGAAGAUAAGAUGGUAGUGGAUACUAGUCCGAAUGAUUUGAAACUCGCUCCUGGCAUGAAUCUUCUCGAGUGGAAAGGUAAUAAUCUGUUUACUUUGGCUGGUCAUCGUUUCCGAAAAGUGGCGAGGUUCGCAAAAGAUGACGUUUGCGUAUGUUGUCACGAGAAAAUGGACGCGUUUGUGACACAAGGCUAUAAAUGUGUUGACUGCAAACAGCUCUAUCACGUCAAGUGUAUCCAAAACGGCGGAGUGCUGAGAAUGCCGUGCAUAUUGGCCAACACGCCGAGUAGACGGAAAAACAGAAAACCACCACGCACACCGUACGAUACUACAAAACAGACAGUCGCGUCCAAAUUUAGUUUAACAGGCACUUCGGCUUUUUCCGAUAGCACGGACAAGAUCAUUUCCGACGCCAAGGAGUUAGCGCUAAUGCAAGAUUUUAUUACCAAAAAAAUCUAUAUAAUGGAGGGUCAAGAGGAGGGACGGAAACCGAGCGAAGUGGAUCGCGUUUUCAAGCAGGCUCUUAGGAAAUUUAAGGAUGAUUUGGUUAUUACGUACAGCGUUGCUAUACAACAAGGCGUAGAAGGCAAUAUUAAGUAUACCGAUUUGAUUACUAACUUUCUUCAUGUUAUGGAGACUGUCUGCAAGCAGGAGAACACAAGAGAAGAUUUUCCUGUAACAAUGGGCGUGAACGCGUUCAGAGGCUUUAUGAAUGAAUUCAUGACGAUCGUUAAAACCGAAGCUCUCGAAAAGCAGAGUAAGAGCAAACGGAAAAAAGAGAAGAAACGAAAACAGGAAGAACCUAUCCGACACGGCAAUCAUAUGUUCCAAUUGACUAUCAUCAACAUACCCACCGCUUGCGAAGUCUGUACCUCUUUCUUCAUGUGGCCCAUCGAGCGAGGACUUGUUUGUCAAAAUUGCAAAUUGACGUGUCACAAAAAGUGUUAUACGAAGGCAACCUCGGAAUGCGGCAAGGACGGUUCAUUGCUCGAAGUCAAUUCCCGCAAGGUAUUCGGUGUACCGCUUCACAAAUUAGACUGCGGUGAUGGCAAGGUACCGCUCGUAGUGGAUCGAUUGAUCACGACUAUCGAGAUGCAUGGUCUGUACACGGAGGGAAUAUACCGGAAAAGCGGCGUCAGUUCUAAGGUGAGAGAGCUCAAGAUGAAGAUGGACGAAGGUGAUUUGGAAAAGGUAGACUUUGAGAAUUAUCAAGUGCACGUACUAGCGGCGGUGCUGAAGAGCUUCUUCAGAGACAUGCCGGAACCGCUGUUGACCUAUGAAUAUUAUGACGACUUCUUGCACGCAGCGAAUUUGACGGAUCCGCACGAUCGAAUCAGCACGCUUUUCGCCAUAUUGAAAAAAUUACCGAAACCCAAUUACGAUCUGAUGGAACGCUUGAUUGUCCAUUUGGCGCGAGUGGCGCGACACGAGGUGGACAACAGAAUGUCACCAUCGGCUCUGGCUAUCGUUUUUGCGCCGUGCAUUCUCAGAACGAACAGAACGUUGCCCGCGCAGGACUCUCUUCAAGACGUGGGCAGACAGACGCGUUGCGUUGAGACGAUCGUACAAGAAAAGUUGAGAGUUGUUAGAGCGACGUUGGCAGAUAUAAAUACUCUCGAGUCUGCCUGUCACACGGCAACUCAUCGACUCUCCAGUCUACGAUCGUCUAAAAUCUUUAGUCCGGAAGAGUUAAAUGCGGUUGUUCCAAGCGCUGCGGGACGGGCAAGUACGAUGGAUCGUGACAGAGAUCGAGGAGACGAAGAAGAAGCAUUACUCGUCGAUCAUAUACAGGAGAUUCAAAAAGAAAAGGCUCUUUUGACGUCUACUCUACCCAGUCUAACGAGAGCUUCUUCAGACGAUGAUCUCCUCUUGUCAGCCACGGAACUGGACGAUGGAUCUCUCGAUGAUCUUCUUCCGCCUUCUACUGACGGACUUGUAAGGAAGAAGCCCGUUCAAAGGCAAAGUUCGGCAGACAAUUCGUUUCCAACAAUUAUCAAUAUGGAUGACGACAUGGUAAUGGUAUAAUGGAAUAACAUCCGCGAAUAACGUUAACGUGCAUUUUAAAUGGCUAUAAUAAUCCGACAGAUGAUGCGAGAUGUUGUAUUAGGACGGGGAAUCAACGACUUUAAAUAAUUGCUGAUUUCAUCAGCGAAUCAUUAAUAUUUUGAGACUCAUUAGUAAAUGCAAUUUUAGAUAGCUCGUAAUUUGUUGACUAAAAAAAAAGUUUAACUGUACGACUGAAAUAACUCCAUUCUUUUGUCGAAACGUCAGUAGAGAUGUCUAAAACUAUUUCAUACAAUAUGUGAUAGGAGCACUGCACAAGUUUUAAUUUCGCCACAUAAUUUUAUUCGCAAUGCAUUCCUGUCUUUGAAGACUGUCAAAGUAUUUAAGCGCAACAUUUCGUUCGUCUAUAGAUUCUAAAAGAAGUGUUAUUCGACGUGCCGCUUUACACAUUUUAAAUAUAAGAAAACACAGAACUUAGAAAGUAUUAAGAGGAAAACGUAUCGCUCUUAUAUAUAUUUUAAGAAAUUCCGCUUGUCAAAAUGAUGAGGGGAUCAUAUUGAAUUAUUCGUUUUACAAAUUUACGUUCAUAAAAAUGUAAUUUAUUGUUGCACCAAGUUGCGAAUUCUCAGUAAAAAAUCUUUUUACGGAGAAUUUUUCUAACAUAUUGUAUGUAGAUGCGCUAUUCCUUUAGAAUUAUAUUCGUUUAGCAUUAGUAGAUCUGCAACAUGAAAACUAUCUCUUCCCAAAGGAUCUACUUGUCACGUUCGAGUAGAAUCGAUAACCGACUGCCUUAAAUUCCUGCGAAAUGUUUUUAUUGUAUGUAUUUCAUUGAUGAUGUCUCCCGACGACGAUAGUCGACUUAAAGCGUUAGGUUUAGACGCAGGAAUUUGAGGGACGACCAAGAGAGAGAAAGAGGAAACCAAAACAUAGUUUGUACAUAUAUUAUGCAAUAUAACAAUUUCGUAAUAAUCUGUUAUUAUUGUUAAAUUUAGAAACGUUUAACGCAAGAUUAUAUUUCUACUGUCGAUAUUUGUUGUAGAGGUAUCACACACGUUGUAUAUCGGGUCUCUACCGGGUCUUAGUGUUCUUUGGAUCGAUUUUUACUUAACGUACUCUUUUUCCUCACGCUUAGACGCAUAUCAUCGAGGCGCCUGAAAGUACGUGCGCAUAAGUACGCACACAUAUACAUAUAAACACAUACACAUUACGUACAGAACUUAUGUACAUAGACAAAUUCGCGCGCGAGACUAAUCAAACUUUUCUGUUCGGGAUUUAUUGCACUUCUUUUCUUUUAAUUACUUUUUAAUCCAUAUAUAUUAUUCAGUGCGUUUUAAAUUUCAACAAUUUCUUUUCACAAUUUUGCCUCACUGUUCCCUCCGCCCAUUCGUAAAUUCCUAUACGCGAUAACCUGACGAUCCGGGAAAAUUGACAAUGUGAAAGGAAAGGGGUGAAAGAGAUUUCGAUCUCCCGUAAUAGAAGUCUCUAUCCAAUAAAGAUAAUCAGAUCAGGUCUCCACUUACGUAUCGCGGACUUAAUUGAAUUCUCCUUCGAAUUAAUAGUUACGCUUGAUGAUGAUGCUGGAAGGAAAGGAAGAGGAAUCAGUAAAGCGAAUCCUUUCUUUUAUUUUUUUUUCUGGCUACAGAAUUAGCAACCGAAUAUAACGAUAUUUUUGCUACGACGAAUACGGGGGAUGGUGAAUUUAUUAUUACGGGCUUGAAAGGUGACCUAUAUAGAUUUUUUUUUAAUUCGUUAUUUCUGAUGUAUCACGUUACUGGAUCACAUGCAUCAUACAUUCUGUUGCGUCCAAUCACCAAAGACUCGUACGCAAUUAUUUUUUCAUUCUUAUAUUUACGUCAGUUCCACAUUUUUUACUUCGCGUACAUUAUCUAUUUUUUUUUAAUACUGUGAAGCGUCCUAUAUUUUUAAUUGCCUUUACAUAUACUUUAUAUAUAUAUAUAUAUAUAUAUAUAUAUAUAUAUAUGUAU